ACUUUGUCAGAAAAAUUAGUAAAAUAAAAACUCGCACGCUGUGUAUGAUUUUUGUAACUUGAACGAGGGUGUUAGAAGUUUAAUUAAGUUGAAUUUGUGUCCAUUUCGAGCGCGGUAUAAUUAUUAAUUACACUUGAUACUUGAGUUGGCAUUCGUGCUACUGCAACAAAUUCCCCAAAACCCGAAACUCCCCAAGAAUCAGCGAUUCGGCAUCUACCAAAAAGGAUGCGUUUUAAACCAAUCCUUUAAGGAUUUUCCGACUUCUGGCCCUAAUAACAUACAUGAUCUAACUACGCAAAGCACACAGCAUGACUUCCAUUAUUAAAUUGCAAGCCCUGUCGGGGGCCAUGGACGAGUCGCCCCCUUGCUACGUCCUCCAAGUCGACGAAGUUCGAAUCCUUUUAGACUGCGGCUGGGACGAACAUUUCGAUAUGGAAAUCAUCAAAGAACUGAGACGACAUGUCCACACUAUAGACGCUGUUCUGUUGUCGUACCCCGACGUGUCCCACUUGGGGGCUCUGCCCUUCGCUAUCGGCAAGUUGGGUUUGAACUGCCCCAUCUACGCCACCAUCCCGGUGUACAAAAUGGGGCAAAUGUUCAUGUACGACUUGUACCAGUCUCACCAUAACAUGGAAGACUUUGAUUUGUUUUCGCUGGAUGACGUGGACGCGACGUUCGAGAAAAUCAUCCAGUUGAAGUACAACCAGAGUGUACCUUUGAAGGGUAAAGGGUAUGGGUUGACCAUCACGCCUUUACCGGCUGGACACAUGAUUGGUGGGACUAUUUGGAAAAUUAUGAAAGUUGGUGAAGAGGAUAUCAUUUACGCGAACGAUUUUAACCACAAAAAAGAGAGACACUUGAAUGGGUGCGAACUGGAGAAGUUGCAACGACCGUCUCUUUUUAUUAUUGAUGCUUUUAAUGCGACGUACCAGCAAGCGAGGCGACGGGCAAGAGACGAAAAAUUGAUGACUAACAUUUUACAGACUUUGAGGAACAACGGGAACGUUUUAGUGGCCGUGGACACCGCUGGUCGGGUUUUAGAGUUAGCACACAUGUUGGACCAACUAUGGAGGAAUAAAGAAUCAGGGCUUUUGGCUUAUUCUUUAGCUUUGUUGAAUAAUGUUAGUUAUAAUGUGGUUGAGUUUGCCAAGUCGCAGAUCGAGUGGAUGAGCGAUAAGUUGAUGAGGAGCUUCGAGGGGGCCCGCAAUAACCCCUUCCAGUUUAAACAUUUACAACUGUGUCAUAGUUUACUCGAGUUACAGAAAGUCCCGAGCCCUAAGGUGGUUCUAGCGAGUUCGGCCGACAUGGAAAGCGGGUUUUCUCGAGAGUUGUUUUUGCAGUGGUGCUCCAACCCCAGUAACAGCAUCAUUAUCACAUCCAGGACGUCGCCAGGAACGCUGGCGAGAGAUUUAAUUGAUAAUGGGGGCAACAGACAGAUUGAUUUGAUUGUGAAGCGGCGGGUGAAACUAGAAGGUAGCGAACUGGAGGAGUACCAAAAGAACCAAAGAGACAGACGCGACGAAAACGCCAACAAAGACGAGGAGUCCGACUCCGACGACGACAUCGAAAUGAGUGUGAUCUCAAAAGGCCGACACGACAUAGUAAUCAAACAGGAGGGCAAACAAUCCGGCGGAUUCUUCAAAGUUACUAAAAAACAAUACCCGAUUUACCCCUUCCAGGAAGAAAAAAUCAAGUGUGACGAAUACGGCGAAAUCAUCCGACCGGAAGACUACAAACUGGCGGAGGUCGUGCCAGAAGCCGAAGACAACAAAGAAAACGUAGUGAUAAAAAAGGAAGAGGAAGAUAUUCCUGAGGUGACUGAAGCGCCCUCUAAGUGUAUCGUACUUAGCAGAACUGUCCAAGUCAACUGUCAAGUCCAGUAUAUAGAUUUCGAAGGUCGCUCCGACGGGGAGUCCUUGAUGAAGAUUUUGUCUCAGUUGAGGCCCCGGAGGGUUGUUAUUGUACGUGGGUCGCCUGAAAGCACAGCCACUAUUCAGAAUCACUGUCAGGAAAAUAUCGACGCGAGGGUGUUCGCCCCAAAUCGGGGCGAAGUGGUGGAUGCCACCACGGAGACGCACAUUUAUCAAGUGAGGUUGACGGACGCUUUGGUGUCUCAGCUGAACUUCCAGAAGGCGAAAGACGCCGAAGUGGCGUGGGUUAAUGCCGAGAUUGUGGUGAGGAAGGGGCAGUUGGACGCGAAGAGGAUGAACGUGGAUAAUGAGCCCAUGGAUGUGGACGAGGAAGACUCGAAAAUCCUUACUCUGGAGCCCUACCCCACCACCAUCCCCCACGAGACGGUCUUCGUCAACGAGCUGAAACUCUCCGAGUUCAAGCAAGUUUUGGCCAAGAGCAACAUAACCUCUGAAUUUUCAGGGGGCGUCCUGUGGUGUUGUAACGGUACUCUGGCCAUCCGGAGGGUGGAGUCGGGCCGGGUGAUCCUCGAGGGCUGCAUUUCCGAAGACUACUACCGCGUGAAAGAACUCCUCUACGAACAAUACGCAGUACUAUGAAUGUAUUUUAUUUUUUAUAAAAAAAUUUUGUAUCAUU